AAAAGAGUGAUAAGAAAACCCAAAUAAAAGACAUCAAUCUUCAAUCAUACCCAAAAAAUGUAUAAUAAAAAAAGGAAAAAGAAGAAGAGGGGAGUGAGUAUAUUCCACCAUUAGACCAUAAAUAUGAGGGACCCAUAAAUCAGAGACUGGACACCUUAGAAAAACCUGAUAAAGGGCCCUGAUUUUAGAGCCACUGGCGUCGGGAAGUACACAAACCCACCUCACUCCAGCCUCCCCGCGGCCCUAAAUUUCUGCGGGGCCCCCAGAGGUCUCUCUCUCUCUCUCUCUCUUUCUCUCUCGAGCACACAGAAUCUCCACGACGACACCUCCUGCCACAAAUCCUUCUUACUCGCUACUUAGUGGCAUACAGUUUAAAGUUUAUGUCUUUGUUUUCCUGGCUAUCAGACAGAGUGUUAUUUGUUUGGGGUAAACGAGUUAUCUUAGUUCUGCACUAAGUUUAACCCUGGCAUGGAAUUUUUAUUGUUUGUAUCUAGAGGAAAGUUUUAAUAAACUUCUAAGUUUGUAAGUAAUUCUAGUUCGGGUUAUUGCAGAUAGGAUGCCGAGCUUAUUUAUGGUUGUAUUAUGUCUCUGAUUUAGGUUGAUUUUAGUAGGACAUAAAUAACAAGUUGUUGAGAAGAAACUUAGUAGGCAUGAGUUGGUUAGUCUUGCAUUGAGUAAUGGCAGCAAAUUUGAGAUUCGAGUCGAGUUCAGCUAGUUCAGAAGAUUUGGCUUUUGCGGGGAGCUAUCCUAGUGGGCAUAGAGGAAAUUAUGCCAAUGCAAGUUUGGAUAGGUCGGGAAGUUUCCGUGAAGGUGGUGAGAGUAGGAUGUUUAGUUCUGGUGCUAGUACACCCCGGGGAGGUGCUACAUUAAUGGCGGAUAUGCCUUCGCUUUCUCAUUGUUUGUCAUUAGAUCCUAUUACAAUAGAAAAUCAUAAAUACACUCGGUUAGGAGAGUUAAGGAGGGCUUUGGGAAUAAUAUCUUUUGGGAGCACAGCAGAAGACAAUUCAUUUGGAGCUGCUCAUUCAAAGCCUGCUCCUCAAGUGGCUACAGAGGAGCUAAGACGGUUUAAAGCAAGUGUGCAAGAUGCCUGUAACAAGGCCAGGAUAAGAACAAAAAGGUUUGAUGAAUCUAUACACAAAUUGAACAAGUACAUUGAAGCUUUGAACUCAAAGAAGCAACACUGGAGUGAGAUGAUUUCAAAUGAGAGAUCAAGUGGGUUGAAUUUGUUGAAGAUGGGAUCUCAGGUUCCACGAAACCCUGUGGACCAUGCAAAUCAGAGAGUGGAGGACCGGAGUAAGAAUGUUCUCAGUAAGCGAGCUAGGUCAUCAGUUGCAGAAAGGGCUGAAAGCCGAAUUAAUACACUUGCAAGGCAGCCUAUAGCUGUAGGAAAGGAUAGAGAUAUGCUCAGAGAUAGUGGUGAAGGUUCUGAUCUUGUUGAAGAAAAGAUUCGGAGGCUGCCUGCUGGAGGGGAAAGUUGGGACAGAAAAAUGAAAAGGAAACGAUCUGUUGGUACUGUUCUUAGCAGACCUAUGGAUGAUGGAGAGUCAAAACGUGCUAUGUAUCAGAAGCAUACCAAUGACAUUGGCUCGCAAUCUUGUGAUGCCCAAAAUUUUAGAUCAGGAUUGUCAAGUGGUACUACUGGUAUAAACAAGUUUGAUGGUAAUUCCCUGCCUGCUAGUUCAAAUGGCCGGGCAAUUCCUAAGAAUGAUACGGACAAGGUCUCUCUUUCAAGGGAUAUGAUGGCUGGAUCAAGUAAAGAGAGACUUAAGGGUAACAAUAAGUUAAAUAUUCGUGAGGAUGGUCAAGUACUUAGCCCUAAUCCAUUGAUAAAAGGUAAGGGUUCAAGGGCACCUCGAAGUGGCCCUGUAAUGGCAGGCAACUCGUCUCCCAAUUUUCCUCGCACAUCUACGACUCUUGAGGGCUGGGAACAACCUGCAAGUGUAAGCAAAAUUCAUUCAAUAAGCGGGGCCAACAAUCGCAAACGACCUGUGCCCACAGGAGCAUCCUCUCCCCCCAUGACUCAAUGGGUUGGUCAGAGGCCACAAAAAAUCUCACGCAACAGAAGAGCAAAUUUAGUGCCUCCUGUAUCAAACCAUGAUGAAGUGCAGAUGUCUCCAGAAGGUCGUUCGCCUUCUGAUUUUGGUGCUAGAUUAAAUUCAUUUGGAACAAAUGGGUCUCCUCUUGCCAGAAGUGCAGUUAAUGGUUCCCAACAGCUGAGAGUGAAACUUGAGAAUAUUUCAUCCCCUGCAAGAUUAUCUGAAAGUGAAGAAUCUGGUGCUGGUGAAAAUCGUGAAAAUAGAUCGAAGGAGAAAGGUUCAGGAAGUGGUGAAGUAGAUGAGAAAGGUGCUAGUGCCAUCCAAAGUACUGGUCCUUCCAUAUUGGUUACAAAGAAGAGUAAAAUUAUUAUUAAAGAAGAAACUGGAGAUGGUGUUCGGAGGCAGGGAAGGACUGGAAGAGGCUCAUCAUUUUCUAGGGUUAGCAUUUCACCAAUGAGGGAAAAAUUGGAGAAUGUGGCCUCAGCAAAGCCACCUAAAAGUACAAGGCUGGUUUCUGAAAAGAGUGGCAGCAAGUCAGGGCGACCGCCUCUAAAGAGAGUAUCAGAUCGGAAAGCCAUUUCUCGGCUUGGGCAUAUAUCAGCUAUCAGUUCCCCCGAUUUUGCAGGUGAAUCAGAUGAUGACCGUGAAGAAGUAUUGGCAGCUGCAAAUUUUGCUUGUAAUGCGAGUCAUCUUGCUUGUUCUGGCAACUUCUGGAAGAAAAUGCAACCACUAUUUGCUCCUGUCAGCUUAGAAGACACAGCUUACUUGAAGGAGCAGCUAAAAUCUAAGGAGGAGAAUCAUGAAAGCUUCUCUCAGACAUUUGGCAAUGGAAAUGGUGCUUUGGGAGAUUUUGUGCAUGAACAGAACUUUGCCUCUCAAGCUUAUGUUUCUGGAGGUAAAACCGAUAUCUUGGAAGACCAAGUUUUUGGCUCAGAUACUCUAUGUGGGAGGUUAGAGUUGGAUAGAAGUAAGAAAGCUCCUGAUUUGUGCCAAAGAGUAUUGUCAGCUCUGAUUAUAGACGAUGAAACUGAAGAAUUUGAAGGUAACAAUGGACGGAGAACAUCAUACAGAUAUAGUGAAGAUUAUCCUUCUGAUGCUACAUUUAUGGCUGUUGAUUUUGAGCCAAGGAAUAUGGUCUUCACCGAGCUUGAACAUGAGUCCAAUUCAGAUCCUCUGAUUUUGAAGCAACAUGCUGUUAACAAUGUUUCUUGCUAUGGAAAUGGUAGCUUUGGCAAGGGCCGGAGCGUCCACAAUCCAUUGUUUGAUCAUGAUUUGUUGAAGGAAGAUCAGGGAGUUGUGCAUUUGGAUAAUGGUGUGUUGAGUGAGUCCUCCAAAAAUGGUGCCGAUGGGCCAUUGCCCAUAUUUACAAAUGAUUCUGGUAUUUCUUAUGAGAAAAUGUCUUUGAAUGAGAGAGUCUUGCUGGAGCUGCAAAGUAUUGGCUUAUAUCCAGAGACAGUGCCUGGUCUGGCAGAUGGAGAGGAUGAAGCAAUUAAUUUUGAUAUUCUUAAACUUGAAAAGGGACUUCACCAACAGGUUGGUAAAACAAAUAUGCAGUUGAAGAAAAUCAUUGAAGCCGUUGAAGAGAGCAACGAAAUGGAAAAACGGGGCCUUGAGCAGGUUGCCAUGGAUAGACUUGUUGAAUUGGCUUACAAAAAGUUGCUGGCCACUCGUGGAAGUAUUGCUUCAAAAAGUGGGAUUGCUAAGGUUCCUAAACAAGUUGCGGUGGCAUUUAUGAAGAGGACUCUUGCUAGAUGUCGAAAAUUUGAAGAUACUGGCAAAAGUUGCUUUAGUGAGCCUGCACUUCAAGAGAUCAUUUAUGGUGUACCUCGUGACAAGGAUGCAGAGUUGACAAGCAUGGCAACAGCAAAUUUGCCAACCGAAUCUCAGAAUCCUAAACUGGAGCCCAUUUUGUCAGGAUCCUUAUCUGGUUGGGCUGAGCAGCAUGACAAUAAUGAAAAAAUUGGCAGGAUUACCUCUGGUGUAUUUGGAAGUUUUUCCAAUCCCUCUGAGCAGGAUUUUGCUAAAACUGGUCCAAUAUUGAAUAGAGGGAAGAAAAAGGAAGUGCUUCUUGAUGAUGUUGGUGGCAGCCCAUCCUUGAAAGCUUCAUCUAAUCUUGGUAAUGGUCUAUUGGGCAGUGCAAAGGGCAAGAGAAGUGAGAGAGAACGGGACAAAGAUACAUUAGCCAGAAACUCUGUUUCUAAAACUGGUCGUCUACAGUUGGGUAACCAGAAGGGUGAGCGUAAAAUGAAAACAAAGCCGAAGCAGAAGACAGCUCAGCUAUCAACGUCAGCAAAUGGAUCUGUUACCAACACUUAUCCUUUAGCUACUGCUUUUAGUGAAGUUGUUAACAAUGAUAGCAACACAAAAAGAGAAGCUGGCUUGAUCGCUCAUAGUAGUGUUCUUGAAGAUCCAUCUACAGAGAACAAGGAGCAAAUGGAUUUUACAAACUUGCAGUUCAAUGAAUUAGACUCCAUAGAACUAGGUGUAGUCAAUGAGUUUGGUGGGAAUUCAGAUCUAGGUACUUGGUUGAACAUUGAUGAGGAUGGCUUACAAGAGCAUGAUUUAGUUGGCCUUGACAUACCUAUGGAUGACCUGUCAGAAUUGAAUAUGCAUCUAUAAAGACCGUAUACUGUAUAUUUCCUUUAUUAUUUGACCAUUGAGAUAAAAAUCACAGUGCUGCUGUCAGAGGACAACCUGCUGGUAUAAGUUAUGGCUCUGGCAGUCAGGCACAUUGUAAUUAUGGCCAUUCUUUUUGUAUACUUAUCCGAACGAGUUAACGAAAUCCAAUUGUUCAUGUGAUCAGAUCAAUUUUGCUACA